AUGCCGCUGGUGAAGAGGAAUAUCGAGCCCCGGCACCUAUGCCGGGGGGCUCUUCCCGAGGGGGUGACGAGUGAGCUGGAGUGUGUUACCAACAGCACGCUGGCUGCCAUCAUCAAGCAGCUGGGCAGCCUCAGCAGGCACGCGGAGGACAUCUUCGGCGAGCUCUUCAACGAGGCCAACAGUUUCUACAUGCGGAUGAACUCGCUGCAGGAGAGGGUGGACCUGCUGGUCAUCAAGGUGACGCAGCUGGACUCCACUGUGGAGGAAGUUUCGCUGCAGGACAUCAACAUGCGGAAAGCCUUCAAGAGCUCCACAGUGCAGAACCAGCAGGUCGUGUCUCGCAACUCCAUCCCCAACCCGGUGAUGGAGAUGUACCAGCGCUGCGACAAGCCCCCACCGCUCAACAUCCUCACGCCCUACAGGGAUGACAAAAAGGAUGGCCUCAAAUUCUACACCGAUCCCUCCUACUUCUUCAACUUAUGGAAGGAGAAAAUGUUGCAGGCGACAGAAGAUAAGAGAAAGGAGAAGCGGAGGCAGAAGGAGCAGCGGCUGGUGGAGGACUCCACCCGGGAGGUGAAAAAAGUGAGGAAAGCCCGCAACCGGCGCCUGGAGUGGAACAUGAUGGCGUAUGAUAAAGAGUUUCGACCCGAUAACAGGUUCUCACCAUCCCCCUAUCACAUGGCGUCAUCGGAAGGAUCACUGUCCCCAGAUAAUAG